ACCCAUAUUAUGAUUCCAUACACAGGUUGUAUAGCACACUGUUUUGGCAUUACUAAAGAUCCAGAAUCUAGAAAUUUUAUAAUAGUAAUGGCAUAUGUAAUAAAUGGUAGUUUAAGACAACAUUUAAAUAAUAGUUUUAAUUCAACAAAAUGGGAUGAAAAGUUGAAUAUUUUAAAAGAACUUUUAUUUAGCCUCAAAUAUAUUCAUUUAAAUGGGUUAAUUCAUCGUGAUUUUCAUUGUGGUAAUAUAUUAAAAGAAAGCGAAAUUAUUUUAAUUGCUGAUUUAGGAUUAUGUCGACCAGCAAAUGUAAAACCAUCUCAAAAUGAAUGUAAAGAACUAUAUGGAGUAUUACCCUAUGUAGCACCAGAAGUUUUAAGAGGAAAAGAAUAAACUCAAGAAAGAGAUAUAUAUGGAUUUGGAAUUAUUGCAUAUGAAGCCAAAAUCAAAUUAUAAAAUUCCUCAAUUAAUUCUAAACAUAAUUAAACAAUGUUGGGAUGCUGAUCCUUUAAAACGACCUAAAGCUAAAGAAUUAUAUAAUUUAUUAAAAGAUUUAUAUUAUUCAAGUAGUGAUCAUGAAAUCAAAAAGCAAAUUGAAGAAGCAGAUAAAAUUAAUGAGAAGUUAACAUCAUCAUCAUCAUUAUAUACUGGUCCUACUCUUUCAUAUACUACAAAUCCUCAAGCAAUUUACACGAGUAGACUUUUAGAUUUUAAAAAUCUUCCAGAACAAAAAAAUGCUAUUGAUAACAAGGAUGAUGAUAAUUCAUUUGGAGAAUAUUCAGAAUCAAUAGAAGCAAUAGAUUUUACUAAACUAGACCUAGUAACAAUUGUAAUGGUGAUAAUUAUACUUCCUGCUGAUGAUAGUAAAGUUGAUUUAUAUGUUGAUAAUAUGAGUGUUUUGCAAUGUUGGAAAAACUUUGAUAGAUAA